AUGAUACUGCCGAUAUUAUGCCUGACCGAUUCUGGAACGUUCCUCUGGCAGCAAUUUAAAUUACCCCUAAUUGACUACAUCCCGUUUUUUGAGGAAUAUAUCUUCUUGACGGUCGCCAUGAGCAGCGCUUUUAGCCCCGUAAUAACAAUUUACUACGUGCAACCGUAUCGCCGGAAAAUCAUGGAAUGGAUAUUUUUUUUGGCAGAAAGGCAACACAACACGCUCGCUCAGCUUAUUAUUGGUGCAGCGGCGAUGAUGACCAUGACAAGGUAUCGAAAUUACGUACUCGGGAAGCCGGCGCCGAGCCCAAGAACCACAGCCCUCAUCUGCCUUUUGCUCACGAUUCCCUCUAUAUUAUUGAUUAUCAACCAGAUCACUGGAGACUUCGAUCCAAUAGUGCUACGAAACCUAUUGGCAGAAAGAAAGCCCGAAUCGCUAUAUCCCGACGACUUCAGUGUGGCUAUCCCAAUAGGACACGAGAAUAUUUAUGAAUUUCGCGUAUUUAUCUUGAUCCUCGGUGUGACUGUUCCGAUGUUUCCAAGCUACGCCAUAUCCCUAUACUAUCGACGGAAAAUAUUGAAGAAGCUACACGAAAACGUACACAUGAGCCGUCGUACGGUAGAAGCGCAGAAAAGCUUGUUAAAGGCUCUCACGAUCCAACUCGUGAUCCCCUGCAUAACCAUGGCCGAGUCGAGCUCAUAUCUGUGGAAGCAGUUCGAGCUACCGUCAACCAUGAGGACCUCGCUUGGACUUUUGCUGCUCGCCAGCUCGGUGACAGCACUCUACAAUUGCGUGCCGGAGAACUCGACCUCCUACAAAUUCCCGAAGGGCUUUCUGUGGAGUACCGCCACCUCGGCCUACCAGAUCGAGGGCGGAGCCUGGGAGGAUGGAAAGGGUCUCUCGAUCUGGGACUCAUACACCCAUACUGCGGGAAAGGUCUCCGACAACAACACCGGUGAUGUCGCCUGCGACAGCUACCACCUCUACGAGAGCGACUUUGCCAUCCUGAAGCAACUUGGCGUCAAGUCGUACCGCUUCUCGAUCUCGUGGCCCCGAAUUCUGCCCACGGGGCUCAAGGAGAGCAAGAACCAGAUGGGCAUCGACUACUACCACAAGAUCAUCGACGGACUUAUUCGCAAUGGCAUCAUCCCGGUUGUCACCAUGUACCACUGGGACAUGCCGCAACACCUGAUGGACCAAGGAGGCUGGCUGAACCCCCAGAUCAGCACCUGGUUUGCCGACUACGCCGAGAUCCUCUUCCAGGCCUAUGGACAUAAGGUCCCGUACUGGAUCACGAUCAACGAGGCCAAGUCGGAGACGCUGUACGCCUACUGCGGCACCAUCUCGAACCACGCGCCCGGUGGCUUCAAGGAGCACUGCAAGUGGGCCCCCUACCAGGCUGGACACAACAUGAUCCUCGCCCACGCCAAGGCGUACAAGCGGUUCGAGUGGUGCAUCAAGUGCCGGUUGACUGGAGCCAAGGUCGGAAUCACGAACGUCAACGGCUGGACCGUCCCUGCUGCCGGUGUCGACCAGAGCGUCGCUGAUCGCAUCAACCAGAUGCAGAACUACUGGUUCAUCCACCCCUUCUUCACUGGAGAGUACCCGCCUCGUCUCCGCCAGCAGGUCGACAAGCUGUCCAAGCAGGAAAACCGCACCGUCAGCCGUCUGCCGCACUUCACCGAGGCCGAGCAGAAGUACAUCAAGGGAACCGUCGACUUCUUCGGCUUCAACUACUACAUCACUCUCGUCGCUACCCCGAUUGCUAACUACUCCACCGCCACCAGCUGGUACAACUUUGACUGUAUGGCUUCUGGUACCUACUUGCCUGACGAUGUUGCUCCGCGCGUCCCCGGAGGAUGGGUGAGCACUUACGCCGAGGGCAUGUAUGCCUCGCUGGUUGAUCUCUACACCCGCUACAAGAAACCGAUCUUCAUCACCGAGAACGGAGCCAUGGAUGCGCAGCCAACCCCCGGCGUCUACCCGGAGGGCCUAAACGACGUCUUCCGCACCCGCUACAUCAAGGAGCACAUCACCGCCGUCGGCAAGGCCCUCAAGAACGGCGUUGACAUCAUGGGCUACACCGUGUGGUCGCUGAUGGACAACUUUGAGUGGACGGCCGGCCUCGGCACCAAGUUCGGCCUGUACCAUGUCGACUUCACCUCGCCAGCCAAGACCCGUACCCCGAAGGCCUCGGCCAUCUGGUACAAGAACCUCGUCGCGCAGAACAAGAUCGACCUCUGC